AUGGUGGAGCGGGCGCUUACUCUAGACCAGGCCCACGACCUUAUUGCCAGUCUUGAGAAACAGCUCGAGGAACUUGAGUCCACCAGUCAUGAUUAUGAACAGGAGCUUGAAAGAUAUAUACAAAAGUUGCAGACCGAUCUCAAGGAAAAAGACGAAAGCAUAGUGCUUCUGAAACAGGGUGAGGAGAAUAGGGAGACACGGGAACGCAUCACCGUUUUGGAGAUACAGACCGAUGAACUAGAACAAGAAAAUCGAGUGUUGCGAAGCCAAUUGAGAGAGUCCAAGAGCGAAAAUGAUAGAUUGAUGGAACUCAAUGUUCUGUUAGAACAUGAAUUAACGGAUCUUCGAAGCAUGAAAUCAACGGACAAGCACCGAACUUCCAGUCACCAUUCAUGCGAAACUGCUCUUGAAGUACCGAAAUUUUUGUCCCCGAAAAAAAGACAUAGCAACCCCAUCGACUUUCUCAAAGUCAGCACAGACCAAUCGUCGCUACGUUUGUCUUCUCAUAGUACUACAGGAGACGUUCGAGCUACGCAUGUAAGUAGCACGAAAGUUGUGGCAACUACACGCCAUAAAUAG